AUGAUGACUCCCUCCGUCAGUGAAAACGCAGAGGACGAGAGAGAAAGGCGGCUGAAGAAUAAAAAAGGGAUGCCGAUGGACGUUUUUUUGCCGCCCAUAUGCAACGUCCCUGCACCUCCGCCGGCAGUCAAGAGACCCAACAGCCCGAUGGAGGAGCUGCUGUCGCUUAGAAAUCUCUUGCAGAAACAGCAGAACCACCUGAAUGAGCGCGCUGAGCUCACGACGCAGUUUUUGGAGACCACCGGGGCAACCAACUCUGGCCACACCGUGUCUAAUUUGGGAAACGAGGCACAAGCGACGCAGCCUUCGCCCAGUAAAUUGCCGAUAAUGGUCGAUGGCACCUGCUAUAAUCCGAAACCGUUUCUCCCUUCCUUGCCACGAUCUCAUAGCCAGGAACGGGAGGGUGAGGCGGAACCCCCGCAAGCGAAGUGGGCACCGGAGAGUGAAGAGGAUAUGGAAAUUCGGAAGCUGGAGGAAGAUCUCGACCGGCGCCAGUCUCGCAUGAAGCGUCUACAAAGCGAGAUGGCGCGUUCCUGGAACGAGUCCCACCGUCAGAGGACGGCCUUCGUCUCCCCACCGCCACCGCUUGUGAUGGAGGCCAAUAAUGAGAGUGACAUCAUUGAGCUGGCUACGUUGGUGUACAAUUUCGCGAAUGUGAAGCCGAAUCGGGAUGGGCAAGGCGCACCUGAAGCUCAUGUGUCUACACAAUUAGACACAUCCACUGUUGUUGAUCCUUGGCGAGACUCUUCCCGUUCCACCCCUUUGGACCCUGAGGCUUCAAUGAAUAGCACGACCAUGGAACUGAUGGCUAUGCGUUCAAGCAGCGUUCUCCGCCUCACAGAAGGUACACUUGCUUUUGUAGAGGCAUUCUCCAAUAAACGAGACAUUGUCCUUCUUUCCCCCAGUGAGGUUGGGAUGGUGCGUAGAGGUGACGUUCUCUCCGCAAACAACAUUCUUGUUGUCGAUUUGCAGGAUGCACUGCGGAGUCAUAAUGGACCCACAGGCAUCAUUGCUGGGGCCCCGUACUUUCGCAUAGUACCAAAGUUAAAUGUGGCGGGUGUUGCCCAACCGAAUAUUAGUGCCGUAAAAACAAUUGUGAACGAGCUUCAUCGAGUCUGCGAUGCCACGGUUGUGUGGGUAAAUCUUCGUGAGGAGCCUCUUAUUUAUAUUAACAACCAGGCACACAUCGUUCGCGAACGCAAGGAUCCCCUUACACCGAUGAUCAUUCCAAACGUCACCAGCCGCAGCAUCGCGCAGAUUGAGGUGAAGUUGAAGCAGGAGGUAUUAAAGGAGGCUCGUGAAAACGGUGGAAACGUGAGUGUACACAUGGAGGGUAAGGAUGGCCUUAUGGAGGAUCAAUGGGAAAGUGCAGACGCGGAUAAUGUUCUAACGUUGCACGAGGUAUUUCACUUGCUUCGGCAACAUGUUGUCUAUUUUCGUCGCCCCAUUACACGGAAUGUUGGGCCGCAACCACCAGACUUUGAUUUUGUGUUCAACACAUGUAUGGAGUACCCACGAGCGGUGGUUGUGUUCAACUGCCAAACAGGGCGAGGGAAGUCGGGCUCGUUAAUGGUGAUAGCUGCCAUUGUUCGCUUUUACCAAAUGUGUGGUCAGGACGCCUUGCUGGAUGUUUACCUUCUGCGGAGUGAGGCGCGAUGCUUUCGUUUCCGUACCAUUAAAAAGAUUGUCUCACUGAUCCCAGACGGCAAACUCCACGAACGACGGCUUAUGGUUCUGCUAGAGCUCUCAGAUAAGAUUUACUCCAUCGUGGAUCAUAUUUACGCUGCAUUUUACACUGGCACGGCGCCGGCAGAGGAAGCCAUGAUGCACCUCCAGCAAUACGCCUACUUUCUUGUCUUUUCGUACUACUGCGAGCAGCGGCUUUGGAACUUUAACGUCCGAGUAUCUUUUAGUGAGUGGAUUACGGAGAAUAACGAGUUGCGGCUUCUCAUCGCUGGCAUCCGGUCGAUGGAGGAGGAGUUCAAGGCGGAGCGCAUUGUUGCCCCUAUCGCGGAGGGAGAGGCGUCGUGGGCCGCCAGCAUUGUACGCCACCGCCGCGGCAACGUACUGAGUUCCGGACGGAUUUUAUGUAGCCUUCCAAUGACCUCGGACAGCAUGAAUCAAGUAAACGCGCUGCGGCAGUUAGCGCCGGAUGUCCCUAUCUUUACCUGCGGGCGGUUGUCAGAGACGGGCCGUAUGCUGCUAAUGACGGAAUUGGCUCAACAUUUUCCUAAUCAGAAAAAUAUUCUAUGGUUGAGUCUCUGCGCGGAGCCAAUGGUGUUUAUUAACGGCAUAAGCUACACCUUGUCUGACUACGACACGAUUUCCAGCAACUCGGCGAAUCUGGCGUCAACAAUGCAUGUAUCUUUGAAGACCAUGGAACAAAUUGAGGAGCGUCUACGCCGCGAUGUUAUUUUAGAGGCGCAGGAGCAGAAGGGCGUGAUACUGCUGCACCACAUUGAUGAAAAUAACACACGCUCCACGUUACGCGUCAAGGUGCGUUCUGUAUCCACCCCCAAGUUUAUCAUGGCAAGUUUUGCGGAGGAGUUCGGCAUCACAUACCAUCACAUUCCCAUUCCAUACGCCGGCCACAUGUUGGCCUCUGACGUGGAUCCUUUUUUGGCGUAUUUGAGUAAGAGUUGCAGCGAGCAUGACGUGUUUAUCAUCAAUGAUAACGAGGGUUCUACGCGUACCACCGUUGCUCUUAAUUUCCUCACCCUUUACCGAGCCUCGAGAGUGCGCAACCUGCGCAUGCUUACCACUCCGGAGGAGUUCAAGGAGGUCCUGCGCAUGGGCCACAGCGGAGUAGUGUUGCCCUCCGCCCAAAUUUUAGGCUCGGCCGCAGUGGACCCGGGCGAGGUGCCAGCGGCGCCAAUUGAACUGCAGGUGGCGUCCACCAUAUGCCAAAUGCUUACCGCAGGCUCCCUGCUCCGUGUCGUGGAUGCGGCCCUCACCCUUGGGGGGCAGGGAAAGCGGUGGAACCUUCUUCACAUGCUAAACCAGCUAAAGCUGGAGAUGUUGGAUACCAUCAACAAGGUGAGGAGCAUGCGUAGCGCGGUUUGCUUGGUGCGCAGCUAUUUGCUAGUUCUACUCAGCGCCAUCUACAUCGACUCCAUGGGUGACUACAGCAUGGAAGAGCCUUUUAGCGACUGGGUGAAUAAUCGUACGGAGGUGGCAAAUAUCAUUGCAAAUCUUGACCAGCGCGCUGAGCAGGCCAUCAAGUAUAUGGAGGUCCGUCCAUCCAUCAAAGAAGGAUUCCCCAAUCGCAACGGAGAUGUGUUGACGGCGAACUUUGUAUUGAAGGCGGAUCACUUCCCAGGGUGCCAGAAAAAAGGUCUGCGGCCAGAGUUGUGUGGCGCACCAAACUUUCGAAAGGUGGAUUUGGUCAACGUCUACGGCGUGGCAAUUCCAACCUUGCGUGGUAUACACAACGUCCUCUCCCUGCUUGGAGCCUCAGCGAAGCCGCUUCAAGUAUACCCAGGCGAGAGUAAUGACAAGGAGUUGCACAUUGGCUUUGCAGCACCGCGGCUUUUUUCACCGAAUUUUAGUCAGGAGGAGCUCGCUAAACCAUUGCGUGGCAGCGUUGUUUGGGUGAAUCUUCGUGAGGAGCCAAUUUUGUACGUGGGCGAUCGGCCGUUUGUGCUUCGCAACAUGGAUGCCCCGUACGUCAAUGUGGAGCUGACCGGCAUUGCAGCUCAUAAGGUGGAGGAGGUGGAAAUUCAACUGAUGAACGAUGUGCUGAAGGAGGCGUCCCAGCAGGGCGGCAUGUUUCUUGUGAGCGACGAAGGUGAACCCGGUGAACUGGUUGGCAUGUGGGAGCCGGCAACUCGGGAAACGGUCAAGACAGUGCGAGAGAUAUAUAAUGAGUUGGCAGAACAGGGCAUUCGUGUCACGAUGCUACGACUCCCUGUGACAGAUGAGCAGAGCCCUGGCGCAGAUGACUUUGAUGGACUUGUUCCAGCCUUGCUUCCUAGGAUUGCUGCCCACAUGGAUCGUCGCGAGACGCUGUCGUUUGUAUUUAAUUGUCAAAUGGGUCGCGGACGCACCACAACUGGCAUGGUGAUCUGCUGCAUGUUGAUUGGCCUUGUGAUACCAGAGUAUUAUGAUGAACUAAACAACAAAUUUGAUCCUCUGUACAAGCCAGAGGAAUCCCAGCUAUCGCGCGGGGACUACGGGUGCAUUGUGCAGCUAAAGCGUGUACUCACAGGGGGACGCCAGGCAAAGCUGCAGGUGGAUUUGGUGUUGGAGGCAUGCGGCAAGAUGCAAAACCUUCGCACCGCGAUUGAGAGCUUUGCACUCCAGGUGAAGUCGCCAGACGUCACUGAGGAGCAGCGUGGGCGGGCGCACCAUUAUGGGGUACACUACCUGCGUCGGUACUUCAACCUCAUCACCUUUGCCGCCUACCUACAGGAGGAAUACAACUCUUUGAAGAGGGUAAUGCGCAGCACCUUUUCAGCGUGGCUGGAGCAGCGACCAGAGCUAACGACGUUGUGCGACUCCGCAUCAUUGAAGUAA